GCCCCUCCACCCCUGGAUAUUUGAAACUGACAUUUAGCUAUGAGAGGCAUUUAAUGCUAAAGGCAAAGCUGGACAAAGAGGCUGAGGAGUCCUACAGGAAGCCUGUUGAUUUUGAUGAGUUUGAGUACACCACAGACAGCUUGACCUCAACUUUUAAGGCCAGACAAAAGACCAAAGACACUGUCAAGAAGGCAAGCACACCAAAGAACAAGAAGUGGAUGAAACACCUGCGGGUGCCACAGAGGGACCUGGAGAGACUCCUACUCGCCAGGAUGGAGACUCGGAACCAUUUCCUGAAAAACCCGCGGUUUUUCCCGCCUAACACACCACACGGAGGCAAGUCUCUAAUCAUCUCUUCAAGGAUGCCGAUAAAAAGAGAGACAGAAGAAGUCCUGAAUGCAGAGACAGGAUGGAGCUGUGCGGAUACCCCUGUGUUUCUGGCUAAGCCGUCAAUUGGAUUUUUCACCAAUUAUGAGAUUGGACCAGUUUACGAGAUGGUAAUUGCUCUGCAGAACACCACUGCGACCAGCCGAUACCUGCGAGUCCUCCCACCAUCCACUCCAUACUUUGCUCUGGGGCUUGGAAUGUUCCCGGGGAAAGGUGGAAUGGUAGCUCCCGGGAUGACCUGCCAGUACGUUGUCCAGUUCAUUCCCGACUGUCUCGGGGACUUUGAUGAUUUCAUUUUGGUGGAGACCCAGUCUGCCCACACACUGGUGAUCCCCCUGCAGGCCCGGAGGCCACCCCCAGUGCUGACCUUGUCGCCUGUAUUGGACUGUGGCCACUGCCUAAUUGGAGGAGUGAAGCUAACCAGAUUCGUCUGCAAAAACGUGGGCUACAGCGUUGGCAAAUUCUGCAUCAUGCCCAAAAAGAGCUGGCCGCCGCCCAGUUUCCGGAUUGUUGGAAGCACCGGCUUUGUGGAGAAGCCUCCCUUUGGAAUCAUGCCUUCGGUGUUUGAGCUGGCCCCAGGGUUUGCCAUUCUGCUGGAGGUCUUGUUCCUCCCAACCAGCCUAGGAAAGGCAGAGGAGACCUUCAUCAUAGCGUGUGACAACUGUCAGAUAAAGGAGCUGGUUAUCACAGGAACUGGACAGUUGGUGGCUUUGGAUCUGAUCUAUAUUUCUGGUGGAAGAAAUGAACCAGAAGCAGGAGAGCUGAGAGAUUUAACAGCCCAGUACUUUAUCCGAUUUGAUCCUGAAAACCCCCACUCCACCGCAAGGAAACAGCUCAUUAUCAGAAAUGCUACGCACGUGGAUCUGGCCUUCCGCUGGCAGAUCAUGAAGCCCAACCUGCAGCCUCUGAUGCCUGGAGAGACGCACAGUGCAGACAGCAUCAAGUGCCACCCCGACAGGGAGUCGGCCUUCUCCAUCAUUCCCGAGAAGGGCGUCCUUGAGGGCCACUCGGACCACCAGUUCAUCCUGAGCUUUUCUCCCUAUGAGCUCAAGUGUUUCCACAGUGUACUACAAAUGGUUCUGGAAGCUGUCCCCGAGCCCUUGAGCUCAGGGAUGGAGAACCUGGGUGACUACUCCUACUCAGUGGAUGAUGUGAUCGUCCUGGAAAUAGAGGUGAAAGGCUCGGUGGAGCCCUUCCAGGUUCUUUUAGAACCCUACGCCCUCAUCAUCCCUGGCGAGAGUUACAUUGGCAUCACUGUGAAGAAAGAUUUUAAAAUGUGGAAUAACAGCAAGUCACCCAUCAAAUACCUGUGGGGCAAGAUCAGCGAAAGCCACAUCAUUGAGGUGGAGCCCUGCUCGGGCUUGAUAGAGCCAAACGAGGUCGGCGAUUUCGAAUUAAACUUAACUGGUGGAGCCCCCGGGCCAAUCAGCCAGGACCUCAAGUGUGAAGUCAAAUAUUCGCCCUGCUCCGUGGUGCUUCACAUUGAAGCUGCCUUCAAGGGACCUGCCGUGGUCAUUGAUGUCCCCGCCCUUCAGUUCGGUCUGCUCCGCCUGGGCCAGAAGUCUUCAUGCUCCGUCCAGAUCCGCAAUGUCAGCCAGCUCUCCGCCGUGUGGCGUUUGAAGGAGAGCCCAGUAUGCCUGAAGGAGAGAAAUGAGGAUGUGUCCCCCUUUGACAUUGAGCCUUUGAGCGGCCAGCUUCUCCCUCUGGGGGAGUGCAAAGUGAACGUCACCUUAGAGGCCUCGCACUGCCAGAGUCUGCAAACGGUCCUGGAGCUAGAGGUGGAAAACGGGGCCUGGAGUUACCUCCCUGUGUAUGCAGAGGUUCAGCAGCCUUAUGUGUACCUGAAAAGCAGCCACGUGGAGCUCAGCAACCUGUACCUGGGUGUGCCCACAAAGUCAACUGUCGUGCUGGUCAACGGCACACUCCUGCCCACCCGGUUCCACUGGGGCAAGCUCCUGGGGGCUCAAGCAGCCUUGUGCAGAGUGACAAUCUCUCCAAGACGUGGCCUACUGGGUCCCAGUGAGGAGCGCCAGCUCAACUUGCAGUUUACAGCCAACACACGGGAGAAGCUGACCGAUUUGGCCCUCCCUUGUCAUGUGUCUGGCAUGGAGAAGCCACUGGCCCUGGGCAUCUCUGGGAACCCUCUGGGGCUGCGAGUGACUGUUACCGUCUCCAUAGAGGACUCUGAUGGAAGUGCACAGUUCUCAGACCACCCGGAGAAGCUCAGAUUGGACUUCGGCUCCAAAGUGCCACUGAGGACCCGUGUGACUCGCCAACUCAUCCUGACAAAUUGCUCCCCGAUACAGACACCUUUUACCCUCAAGUUUGAGUACUUUGGGAGCUCCCAGGAGAGCCUGAACAGAAAGACCAGCCUCCCUGACCUGCCCCCAGCCCUGCUAAAGACAGCGCGCAUCCAAGAGCAGCUGGCCAAGAGAGAAAAGAUGGACUUUAUGGAGAACAUCCUAUCACACAGGAAAGGAGCAGCUUUCUUCCCCCACAUCUCUCAGGGCAUGCUGGGAGCCCACCAGCAGCUGAAUAUCAACAUCACAGGCUGUGCCAACAUGUGGGGCGAGUACUGGGAUGACCUCCUUUGCACGGUGGGGGACCUGCCAGUAACGGUCAUCCCAGUGUACAUGGCUGUGGUGGGCUGCCCCAUCAGCUCCCUGAGGAACACAUGCUACAGUGUGGCCCCAUUCCUGAAGGAACCUACCAUCAGGUUUGGGACCCAGAUCUCUGGAGGAGACACAGUCAACAGAACUCUCCGUCUGUAUAACUCCAGUCCCUGUGACAUCCGCCUAGACUGGGAGACCUACGUCCCAGAAGAAAAGGAAGACCGGCUGCUGGAGCUGCUCGUGUUCUACGGGCCACCCUUCCCCCUGCGGGACCAAGAUGGGAAUGAGCUCUUGUGCCCAGAGACCUCUGAGGCCAGCUCACCAUGGUGCCCAAGUCCCUCCAACAUGUCGGUGUCCAGCCAUGCGGUCCCCUCAUCGGUGAGCAGGAGUACAGGCGGCGAAACCAGGGCUGAAGAGCAGAUCAUCUCGGUCAUCCUGCAGGGGCACGAGGGGCUGCCCUCCGACAGCAUGUACCGGGUCAGCCCCAAGCAGGUGGUCAUCCCAGCUGGAGGUAACAGGGUCAUGCAUAUCUUCUUCACACCCAUGGCGCUCGACCUUGACAUUCGGCACAAGGUGGAGUGUGCUGCCUAUGCCCUGGGCUUCAUGAGCUUGGAUAAAGAGACAGACAGAGAAAUCCCGGGUCGGAUGCGCCGCCUUCAUGAGUUUGCCGUGGGCCCCCUGAGACUAGAUCUGAAUGGCUACGUGAGGCUUGCACAGCUGACCAUCGAGCUGGACAGCAAUGGCUACUUGGAAUUCCAGUGCCACGCCAGCGACCUCAUCCCGAAAAAUCCCUGCUGUGGGGUGCUGAGUGACCGGCUUAUCACCCGCCAAAUGAAACUGAUCAACACCACGGAAAUCCUGCAAUACUUCCGGGUCCUGGUCUCCAGGCCCUUCUUGGUUUCUCAAGGUGGGACCAGCUGUGACAACAUAGCUUGUCAUGACCAUCAACAAUGCGAAGAGGAGAUAGCAUCCUCAGGCCAGCAGCUGUUACUCCGCCCACAGGAGAACAUGCUGGUGGCCGUGUCCUUCUCACUCUCCCUGGAACUGCUGUCCUACCAGAAGCUCCCAGCUGAUCAGAUGCUACCUGGAGUGGACAUUCGGCAGAGUGAGCACGGACUGAAACAGAUGGAGUUCACACAGAAUUUGCGUCUGUGCUUCACCAACCAGACCGUUCAGGAGGUGCCCCUGAGGGCUGUUGUGGCCCUACCAUCGCUGCAGCUGUCCACCAGCUGGGUGGACUUCGGGACCUGCUUUGUGAACCAGCAGCACAGCCGGGAGGUCUACCUGGUAAACCGCAGUAACUGCCUGAGCUACUGGACAGUGCUAAUGGGACAGGAGGAACCAGUCACCGAGGAUAAUGCCUUUGGGGUCUCCCCAAGUAGUGGGCUUCUGGAGGCCCGACCUACCAAUUCACCCCCACCUUCCAUUCCCCUUCAGGUGUUCUUCAACCCUAGGAGCAGCCUGCUGUACGAGUCCACGAUGGUGGUGGAAGGUGUGCUGAGUGAGAAGCCUUGCACCCUAAGGCUGCGGGGCCGAGGCUCUUAUGACGAAAGAUACGUGAUACCCAACCAGCUCUGAGCUCUGCCGUCCUCAGC